GUGAGUGUGGGUGAUAUCCGGUGGGAACUGAGAGUCCGGUGCUGGCGGCUGAAGGAGCGGUUACCAUGGGAGCGAGUGGAGACGGCGGUAGCCCGAGUGGGGACGGCAGCGGCCUCCCGGAGCAUGAACAGCUCGGCACGAAUCCCUGGAACAUUAUGAUUAAGCACCGCCAAGUUGCUCGAAGGGGUAGGAGAUCACAGAUGGCAGUGAGUUUCACCAAUCCAAAUGUAUCCAUGGAUUUACUGCGAACUGUACUGCAGCCCCACAUCAAUGAAGAGAUCCGUGCUGUUGUCAACAAGUACACCAAGUUUUUCCAGAAGGCUGCAUGGAAUGUGAAGGAGAACAUCGGAGAAGAUGUGGAUCCUGAGCAAUUGGUACAGGAAGCCUGUAAAAACUGUCUGGAACAGGCUAAGUUGAUGUAUUCAGAUGGAGGAAAGAUGAUUACCAAAUCCAUUGGAGAGCUUGCUGCCAUAAAGCGGUCUCGACAGAUGGAGGAUGAUCUGAGCCAAAGAGGAAGUCCAAUCCCAAAGAAGAGAAAAGGCCGUCCACCAGGACAUUUGAUUUCAUUUGACCGUACGACCUCCAGUGCUGCAGUCUCAAAGGUGAAAUACACUGAGCCAAUCAAACGGGAGGGACCUAAGUGGGACCCAUCCAGGCUGACUGCAUCAACCACAUUUGUGCUUGGAUCACGUGCUAACAAAGCCUUGGGAAUGGGUGGUACCCGUGGAAGAAUCUAUAUCAAACAUCCUGAACUAUUCAAGUACUCUGCCGACUCCCAAGACAAACACUGGCUCGGGGAGAAGCAUCACAUGCCAGCCACAGGGGGUAAGAUGGCUUAUCUGCUGAUAGAAGAUGACAUUCGAGAGCUUGCAGCGAGUGAUGACUACAGGGACUCCCCUGAACUGAGAUUGGAUGAACUUCGACCUUUUGUCGUUCCCUACUGGAUCCUGGAGAAGAUGCAGAAGUAUAUGCUGGCUGUACGAACGGAGAAGGAGUAGGAAGCCGGGACAAGCUGGGAAUGGAGGGGGCACUAGGCGAGAAGCUUCUGUCUGUCCAGUGAUCUGAUGAGCCGCCUUGAAGACUGGCUGUGGUUUCUAUGACUGGUGUUUCCAAAAAUGAUACUUGGUCUGAGAGUGUAUUACUUGGCUCAAGAUCUGCAAGCAGUCAUGAAGCACUGACGAGGCCAGAGUUGAUUUUUGUCAUGCUGUGUGAAAUAAUUAAUGCCAAUCUUGUUAAAAGAUACUUCUAUUCCUUUCACAUGUUUAAAACCUCUGACAGUCAUUGAGAUGUCCUUUUAAGCUUUGCAAGCAUCCCAUGGAGGGAACUGUCCCCCACAAUAAGAUGCCUGAUUUUGGUGGUGAGCUAUUGUUCACAUUCUGUGCUGCCCCAACUUCAGGAUGGAAUGCGACUGUGUCCUGGGCUCAAGGACUUAAAGGUAACAUCUGUUUUACACACCACACUGAAGCCAUUGAUGUGUGCCAGGACUACUGAAUUGCCCAGGGAUUCAGACUGACCUUGGCAAUCCAUACACCGGCCCAGAUUGCUGUAUGUUGGACACAGACAAUACAUCAGCUUAACAAUGAGUAUCUUGCCUGUGUGUUUGUGCAGUGAGCACAGUUAAAUGCAUGCUUCAGUCAGCAGUAUUGAGAACUGUGCUAUUACUUGUGCUGAGUGUUUGGUUAACAGAAUCCUUUCUCCAGAUCAGAAAACUUAUUACUGUUCUCCCAUUCUGCAGGACAGGGGGCAGGUGAGGAGAGGUUUACUGAUAAGAUAAUAUGCAACAGAAUGCUGAACAAUUAUUCAGAACAACUUUACGGUUGUGUUACAAGUGUGAGAAGCGCCCCCCCCCCCGC